AUGGUCACCCUGGUCGGAUGGAUCGUUUUUGGGUAUUGGACCUGGGCGGAUGAUGCUAUUACCGGCACCGCCAAGUUCGAGGCGAUCAUCAAGGUGGCGUUUGAGGCAGCUAUCAAAGUGUUGGCGAUCGCUUGUCCUUGUUCACUCGGCUUGGCUACCCCGACGGCUGUAAUGGUCGGCACCGGCAUCGGCGCCGUCAACGGCAUCCUGAUCAAGGGCGGCGAACCCCUAGAAAAAGUGCACAAGGUGAAAACGGUCGUCUUCGACAAGACGGGAACGAUCACGCAAGGAAAGCCGAAAGUCGUCUCGGUGCACGGCUUCUUGACCUUCUCCAGCAAGACGCUCAACAAGGCACUAGCUGCUGCUGGUUCCGGAGAAGCCAUGUCGGAGCACCCGAUCGGCAACGCCAUCGCCAGCUUCGUCAAGGAGCUGCUCAACGCCUCCGAGUGGGCGACCGUCUCGCGGUUCUCGGCGUACCCGGGCAGCGGAAUUUCGUGCCGGGUCUCUGAUGUCGAUGAGUUCCUCGCUUCGUCAAGCCCGGAUCCGCGUUUCGACUUCCGGUCCGUCGACCACCACCAUGAGACGCCCUUCCCGAGGACCGAUGCUCGCUACAUACAAUCCGGAGAUAAAGAUGGCGCUAAUGUGUUCGCCACCCAAGAUUACAAAGUUCUCGUCGGGACCGUCCAGUUGAUGGAAAAGCACGGGAUUCCGGUCGACGGCGAGGCCUUCUACACGCUCCAGGAGCAGCAGAGCAAAGGCAACAUUGUCGUGCUGUGCGCGAUCAAUGGUCAACUCGCGUGCAUGUUCACCAUUGCCGACGAGGUCAAGAAGGAGGCCGCUCUGGCGGUCUGGGCCCUAAAGAAGAUGGGCAUGAACGUCGUCCUGUUGACGGGUGAUAAUAGCAAGACGGCUGUCGUUACGGCGAAAAAGGUGGGCAUCACUGAUGUCUUUGCCGAAGUACUGCCUAACCAGAAGCAGGAAAAGAUCAAGCAGUUGCAGAAAGAUAAGACCAAGGUGGCCAUGAUUGGCGACGGCGUCAACGACAGCCCCGCCCUCGCCCAAGCUGAUGUCGGCAUUGCCAUCGCCGCCGGGAGCGAUGUAGCGAUCGAGAGUGCUGGAAUUGUGCUUGUUAGGAAUGAUCUGUGCGACGUCGUCGCCGCCAUCAAGUUGUCGAAGAUGACCACAAGGCGCAUCCACCUCAACUUUCUGUUCGCGAUCUGCUACAACGUGAUUGGGAUCCCGAUCGCUGCUGGUCUCCUUACCCCGAUCGGCAUCUCCCUCGAGCCGUGGAUGGCCGCCGCAGCCAUGGCGAUGAGCAGCGUUUCCGUCGUGGCCAGCAGUCUGCUCCUCCGCUCCUACAAAAAACCAUCUCACGCUUCCCUAUCCAGCGGCGAGUUCAAGAAGUACAAGCGGAUGCUGGAGCGCGGGGAUUUUGAGGUGAACAUCCACCGCGGGUUGGACAGCGGCGUCUUCAUGAGGGCACCGUCGAAGAUUUCGUUGCUGGGCAGCAAGAUCACGUCAGCGUUCGGCGACUCGAUCAACAGCCUCGUUGGCGCGCAGAGCAAGAAUACAGAAAGGCGCCAAACCCUGCUCGAAAGCGGCGGCAGCGGCUACGAGUCCGACGAGCACCUCCAAAUC